ACAAUUCUGUCGAGUGCUCAAACCAGCAGACCAGAAAUGGAUAGCUCAGUGUCUGUAUGACAGCACAGGGCGACUGAAGCAGCAGUUUUCACAAAACUGGUUUCAUCCACCAAGUCCCAGCAAGCCUACUACUUCACCUCCUGAUCCAAGCUGUUACUUUAGGCAGGAGGUGUUUCUGUGGGCACCAAUGAGGAUGUGGGGUAUUCCUCUGAAAUGCACACAGUGCAAUAGGAAGAUGCAUCAUUCAGGCUUUACACUAAAGCUAGGGAAGUCAUUGAUGUUGACUCCAGAUAUUACCCAAUCGGAGUGGACUACCCUCGCUGCAGUAAGUGUAUGAUUCCUGUCUGCCCCUGGAGUUCAGAGAUCCUUAAACAGCUGGAUCCCUCCCACAGAAAUAAAUUCCCCGCUGUUCUCACCACUCACCUUGCCCUUGACAGGAAGUGUUUGACUUUGCUAAAGCCAAGAACUGCAGGAAACAGCUCCAGUUUCUUGCAACAAGCGCUGGAAGAAAUUCAUAGUGAGGAGUGGGCAAGACGGACUAUAGACUACCUGACAGACUGUGAGCUUCACAAAAAGAGAUGUGCCCUGACCCAAUCAGAAGUGGUUUAUGAGCAGCCUCCACCUUUUUGCCCCUUACCGCUGGCACAGUGGUUUGAGACUGCCCAUGCCAAUGAAAUCCUCAGUCACCUUGAUGAGCUUAAGGGUGUUGUAACAUCAACAUAUGGUAGCAUCCUGAAGCUUGAUUCUACCAAAAAGAUUACUAAAAAGCUUGCUGGUGGCAUUGCGGACACUGCUACCUGGAUGACCAACAUUGUCAAUGAGUUUGGCCAAGUCCUAAACUGUGUCCUAACCACUGGUGAGGGAGCUGGCUUAGAUGACUUGUGUCAGGGCAUUGUGAAGCGAUACAAGGAUGCUGGGGAGCCAGAUCCAGCUGCGAUUUAUGUUGACAGGGACUGCUGCAGCGAGACAGGUUUGUCGUCUUAAGCCUUUACCUAACAGGAAUGUGUGUACAUUUAUGCAUUUCUAAUCCAUAUCAGCAACCAUUUUAGGCAUGUUUCUCAAUGAGAAUAAAUCACAUAUCUGCAUCGUUCAUAUUUUGUUCAUGUUCGUUCAAAUGCAAAACCCUCUAAAAACACCUCUGUCAAAAAUGAGAUUAUAAUGUUGAUGAGUGAAUGAUGAGUGAAUGCUCUCUACAUAAA